AUGUCCGCCUUCGCAGAUGGGACGGCAGGCCAACGCGCUCGUGGUGGCGGAAAGCGCAACGGCGGCAGGGCUGCCGCGGCCAAGGGCGGUCCCUCGGGCAGGCAGUCGCAGGAUGCGGAUGGAGGCGACGAGGGGGAUCAUGCCGAGCCGGAAGCUCGUGGUGGCGGAAAGCGCACCGGCGGCAGGGCUGCCGCGACCAAGGGCGGUCCCUCGGGCUCGCAUGAUGCGGAUGGUGGUGACGAGAAGGAUCAUGCCGAGCUGGAAGCUCGUGGUGGCGGCAUACGCAACAGCGGCAGGGCUGCCGCGGCUAAGGGCGGUCCCACGGGCAGGCAGUCGGAGGAUGCAGAUGGUGGCGACGAGGGGGAUCAUGCCAAGCCGGAAGCUCGUGGUGGCGGCAUGCGCAACGGCGGUAGGGCUGCCGCGGCCAAGGCCGGUCCCUCGGGCUCACAGGAUGCGGAUGGUGGCGACGAGAAGGAUCAUGCCGAGCCGGAAGCUCGUGGUGGCGGCAUGCGCAACGGCGGCAGGGCUGCCGCGGCUAAGGGCGGUCCCACGGGCAGGCAGUCGGAGGAUGCAGAUGGUGGCGACGAGGGGGAUCAUGCCAAGCCGGAAGCUCGUGGUGGCGGCAUGCGCAACGGCGGUAGGGCUGCCGCGGCCAAGGCCGGUCCCUCGGGCUCACAGGAUGCGGAUGGUGGCGACGAGAAGGAUCAUGCCGAGCCGGAAGCUCGUGGUGGCGGCAUGCGCAACGGCGGCAGGGCUGCCGCGGCUAAGGGCGGUCCCUCGGGCAGGCAGUCGCAGGAUGCGGAUGGUGGCGACGAGAAGGAUCAUGCCGUGCCUGCAUGCCGUGGCGUUAACGAUCAUGAUGAGGACGAGCCAGCAGCUGUGAAUGAUGGGAAAGGUGGACGUGAAGCUGUGAUUCCCUACCAACGGCGCAAGGCUGUGGAUCCGGGCAGUUGCGACCAUAAGGCGAGACAAGCUCGGCACGGCCCCAAUGUGCACGUUUCGAGCUCGUCUGGUUCCGAGGAAGAUUCGAGUGACAGUGAGUCGGGCAGCUCAUCUGGGAGUGAGGAGGUAUACGAGGACGAGGCUGAGGAGGAGGAGGACGAGGAUGAUGAGGAGUUGGAGCCGGAGAGCGAGGAUGGGGAGGAGGCUCGGCCUUUGAAGAGGAGGAGUGUGCGGAAGCUCAAGAAGGGCAACGCUAAGCAAAAAUCGGAGAGGGGACGGGUGAAGAUCUGUAAACAGAGUGUGCGUCGUGCCAAACCACAUGGCAAGCGCCAGAGACCUCGAUUCGAAGCUAAAAUAGUGGGUGUGCGUAGCAAGGCGAAGCGGGAGUUGAAUUUUUACGAAUCAAUGGGGAUACGAUGUCCAUCAAGCUCUCAUGAACGGCAAGCCGCGGACCCGUACGCUGCGUUACGCGAUCUGAUGGGUUCGGCUGGGAAGGGAGAUCAGAUGGCUUGGGGGUCAGCGCGGUUUGGCAAAGAAGCGACGGACCCGCCCCCCAACCAUAUGGGGGGUCGCGCGGUUCAUGUGAAGAACGAGGGGGCAACGAAGCGGCACGAACCCUCGGUAGCUGCAGCAGCGAAUGACGGUGUGGGAGGAGGUGUGUGGGCGAAUGCCUUGGGCGAAUGUGGCGGCGGUGUGGAAGGCUCCAUGUGGGAUGUACGGGAGAGCAGGGGAGAAGGGGGGGACGAAAAAAUGGAUCCGGCGACUAAGGAGGGGAGGGGAGAGAGCAUGGGCACACCUGGCGCAUCCAGUCGGCCGGAUGUGGCUGGCGGCAGGACUGUGGAGCAGCUCAUGCGAGAGCUUGCCCAGCGGGAUCGCGAAAUCGCUGCACUCAAGGCAAGGCCAGGAUCAAAAGGAGCUGUCAAGCCCUGCACCCCUCCAUCUAGGCCUCCUCCUCUAGCAUCUCUGUCGAGCGGCCCAUCUAUAGGGGGCCUCGAUCCAGACGUGGCGCCAGAAAGCCCAGCGACGGUAGACGUACCGGUCCGUCGAACGCUGAUAGCGGCAAGUCUGCAGUGGGAUAGGCAUUCCCAGUACGCCUCGCUUCAGGGACGUGGCGCUGGGCGUACGAUGCUCUCACAUUCUGCCCGCGACCCAGAGCUCACCAUAGCAGUUAUCCAUCCUCAUUGGCCCCUCUCUCCCAUCCCUUCCCACCCUAAACCAGAGCCCCUGUUCAUGGUGCUGGUGCUGGUGUGGGUGGCACGCGGCGCAAGGAUAGCUCAUUGUAGCAAGCUCCUGUUCAUGGUGCUGGUGGUGGGGUGGGUGUCAUGCGGCGGAGUGAUCGCUCACCAUAGCAGCUAUCCUUCCUCUCCCUGCACCCUCUCUCCCAUCCCUCCACCACCUCUUCCAGAGCCCAUGUUCAUGGUGCUGUUGUUGCUUAACGUUGGUUCUUCUCCCACUGUCCCCUUCUCCCGCCCCCCCUUUAAUCUACACCUCUCCCCUUCCCUCCCGCCAUCCCGUUCUCUCCCUCCCUCCAUUUCUCUUCAGCCAUCCCCUUCUAUCCCGCCCUCCAUGUCUCUCCUGCCCUCCCCCUCUCCCCUGCCCUCCCCUUCUCUCCUGCCCUCCCCUUCUCUCCCGCCCUUCCCUGCUCUACUGCCCUCCAGCCAACCCUCCAUUCAUUCUAUACCGCCCUCCACUUCGUCCAUACCCUUUGGACAACCCCUAAACCAGGUCGUGCAUGAUCUUCGUCCCCGCCUUGUCCUGCGUGCGCGCAGGAGGGAAUCAGCGGGUCAGCUCGUGGGGAAACAGCAGAGACGGGCUCCCGUUUGCCAACGGCCGGGCUUGGCAAAGGUUAAGAAGACCGACUGGAACGUCUCGAACUCCCACCGCAAGAACACCGAGUGGAUGACGGGUUUGCACCGAAAUGUGCGGUGGAUUAUCAAGGACCACUUCACACGCCACACCCCCGUGUACAACACAGUCGUGCAGGGCUUCAAGUGGGGCAACCGUGGCCUGUAUGUUCACGAGUCAGGAUUUGAGGCGUUCAAGGGGAAGGCCGUGCCUGACGAAGAGAAGAAGGACUUGAAGGAGGAAGAGCAGGAGGUGUACGACGCGGAGGACUUGAAGACGGAUGACGAGGAGGAUGACGAGGAUCAGGAGGAGGAGGAGGAGGAGGAGGAGGAGGAGGAGGAGGAGGAGGAGGAGGAGGAGGAGGAGGAGGAGGAGGAGGAUGAGGAGGAGGAGGAACAGUGCGUUCCUGGGAGUCAAAAAAUGCGUUUCUAG